AUGGUGACUAAUGCUAGCCUAUCAGGGGGCUUGGGACUAUCUAACUUUGUUACGGCUUUCGAGCACGUCUCCCCGAUGUGGGCAGAAGAGAAUGUCCUUAAUGCCGACUACAGAGAGAAAUAUUUUGCCGCCUCCGUAAUUACGCUCCAUAAUAUAUCCAGCCUCCUUCCCGUGACGUGCACUGAGAGAAUAGAUCCGAGUUUGUGUUUCUUCCCCGAAAAUCUAGUAAGAGACAUUCAAACUCCAAUCUUUAUAUUGGAUAGUGCAUUUGAUGCAUAUCAGGUGAGAUUACGUUUGGUACCUCCACUUUCUGAUGACCGCAUAAGAUGGGAUUUGUGCUUGGGGAAUAUCAGUACUUGUACAAGUACGGAUAAACAAUUAAUAACUGAUUUUGGGGGUGCAUUUUUAAAAGCCGUUAGAGAGAUCUCAAAUAAUCCAACAAUAGGCAUGUUUAUACAUGCAUGCCUCAUUCACACUGUCUUAAUUGAUGGACGUUUUUGGACCCCCAAUUCAACCAUCAAAUUGGGAAAUUUGAGCAUACAAGAGGCCUUUGCAAAUUGGUACUUUGACAGAGAACCAGUUAGACUUAUUACUAUUGCUAAUUUUUUAGAGAUUUUUGUAGUUGUUAAACCGACAAAUAUAUUCACAAAUAAGAGCUACUAA